UUUCACUUCCUGUUGUUUCGCAGGUGAGUCACCUGAGAACUGUCCUUGUUGUCGACACAGGAGUUUCGUGACUGUUUCAUUUAUUUUCCCUUUAAUUGGUCGAUUCUGUGGAAGCGCUUAGCCUACCUGUAGAUACCGACCAGGAAGGGGCCAUUUAGUUUUGGCACUAGAUUGCGAUUGGGUGUUACGCGCCUUUUACGCAAACCAAAAAAACUAAACUGAGCAGACUGACAGUUUUCUUUCCUGUUUGAUCUCAGUUUUCUUGCAGAGGACUCCUGCUUUUAUUUCACUGGUGAUCUUUAGGGGACAAUUAGAAUGAGUUUUUCACCAGGAUACCUGCGCGCAGUGCUCCUGCUUUUUGUUAUUUUACGCUCCACCACCGGCCAGGAUAAUGCUGAGACCUGCCAGACCAAGUUCGAGAAGGGUAGAGACAACUUCGUGUUAGACACAGACGAAUCUGUUAAAGAAGGGGCCACGUUUCUCGUUUCUCCGAAAGUGGAGAGGGAAAUGGACUGCGUGGUCUCCUGCUGCAAUAACCCCAAAUGCAACGUCGCCUUGAUUAAGAGCGGAACCCAGGAGGGCGAAGUCCAAUCCUGCUUUCUCUUUGACUGCUUAUACAAAAAGAAAUACGUCUGUCGCUUUGUCAGGAAGAAUGGAUUCUUCAAUUACAUCCUGAAGUCCGUUUAUAAGAACUAUGUGGAACAUGAACCUGUGACAGGUGUGGACAGUCCACCAGUGGCCGAUGCAGGUCAGGACCUGGUGGUCCAGCCUAAGGAAAGUGUAACACUGAACGGUAUUGAGAGCAAAGAUGACAACAAGAUUACUUCUUAUGUUUGGGAAAUGCUCACUGACUAUCCUUUUGCUAAAAUGGAGAAAACACGUCAUGCUGACCAGAUCAUUGUUUCCAAUCUAACAUCUGGGAAAUACAAGUUCCAGCUGACAGUCACAGACAACAGUGGUCAGUCGGACAGCACCACAGUCACUGUCCUGGUCCUUACGCCUGAGGAGUCUGAGCACCACUGCAUGGUUCCAAAGAAAUCAGGUCCUUGUCGUGGUUCGUUCCCACGCUUUCAUUUCAAUGCUGCUUCUGGGCAGUGUGAGCAGUUCGUCUUUGGGGGUUGCCUGCCCAAUAAGAACAACUACAUUAGCAAGAAGGAAUGCAAUGAAGCCUGCCCUAGCACAGGUCCAAGUGGUCGAGGUCUGCCUGUUACACAAGGGAAAAAGUGUGGUUCUCCUUGUACUCCAGAUCAAUUUGUCUGUGGUGAUGGCUGCUGUUUGGAAUCUGGACUCGAGUGUGACAACGAUACACAAUGCGAUGAUGGAUCAGAUGAAAAGAACUGCGAAGAUCUGUAUCGCAAGUUUCGUAUUCUGUUGAACAUUCCAGUGGAUGAAAAGAAAGCGCGCUGUACACACAGCCCAGAAACAGGAACUGGUAGGGAAAGCUAUACAAAGUGGUACUACGACCCCUACAGUAAGAGUUGCUUACGCUUCAAUUACGGAGGCUGGGGUGGAAACGACAACAGAUUCGACACUAAGGACACCUGUGAACGAGUCUGCUCUGGGGUGACGGAAAAUGAUGUCUUUAUAGGAGAUUCUCAAAAGGAGGCAAGAGUGGGCGAGGAAGAUAGAAAUGUCCUUAUCAUAGCUGCUCUGCUGGGUGUAGCCAUCCUGGUUCUCCUUGCUGUCCUAGGUUAUUGCUUCAUAAAGAGGAGGAGGACUCCCAAGCACACCCGGGUGCCUAAUGGCACUGCCAGUUCAGGAAUGGGAAACAGUGAUCACCUGGUCUACAAUAGCACCACCAAACCCCUGUGAACCCAUCUGCGUUUACCUGUUACUCCAUACAGGAAGGUUACUUUUCUUUUUACUAAGUCAGUAUAUUGAUGUUUUUAAAGAGGAUGUACACAUAAGGUAGAAAGUCUUUAAAGAAAUGUGACAUGUUUUAAAAACUGUAAACUUUUGGCAUAAAUUGGUUAAGAACUCUUUUUAAAAUUAGUUUAAAUGGGAGGGAUUAGUUCCAGCAAUAUUAAGCCCCAUCAGGAACCUUUCCAUUAAUAUCAAAUAUUAUAUGUUCUUUCUUAUAUUAUUUUCAGUUUUAAUUGAAACUUUUCUUUUGUGUUCACCGUGAAGCCCCAGGUCUCCAUUAGGCUUAAGUUUGAAGCAAAAGUCUUUGCGUUGUUUUAUAUCCAAACACCACGGAUCUUGUGUGUGUGUGAAUUUUUGACGUUAACAUUCUUAACCUGAACUUAUUUUAAGCCUUAUGCUAUGCUGUUGUUACAUUCUGGUGAAUUUCACUUGCACGUAAGAUACUGUACAUACCCUGAGUUGAAAACAGUUUUUCUUGGAGGUAAUUUUAUCAAAUUUUUUUUUUUUUUUUUUGAACAAAUCUUAUGUAUUGUUUUUCUUUAGUGUUGAAUAUGUUGAACGGUUGACGCUUUUGUAAAUAUAACCUUUAGCUUUACCUGUACUUUGAUGUUGAUCUUGAAUUAAAAAAUUUAAACCAA